GGCUGGGGGAGGAUGGCGAAGGAAAGCUAGCGGAAGCUGAAACCUGGUUGUGGCUUCCGCUUCGAAAGCCUUUCAAGUCACUGGCCUCGGGCCGAAAACGCGGGUCGUCUUAGAAGAGAGGAGAAACUGUCCAGUUGGUUCGGAAGGUCAGAUGGAAAACCCCGCGUUCCUGAGGUCUGGGGCCGCGGGGAAGGAAUAGGAAGUGACGCAUCAGCCACAACAACCUGGUUCGGGAGGCGGCGGUGGGACGGGGAGUAGUAUAAUAUCCGGAUCACAGAUGUAGAACUGGAAAGGACCUGAGAGACCAUCUAGCCCAACCCUCUCAUUUACACAGAAAGAAACUGAAGCCGGGGAAGUUAAGGUACUUGCCUAAGGUCUUACAAGGAGUGGGAGAGUCAGGAUUUGAACCAAGAUCCAUUGCCUACAAAUGAAUGAAUGAAACUACCUGAUAUACAGAUAGAAAAAUUUUUCUAAUACACAGAUCCCAAGAAUAAUCAUAUCUUAAAAUUGAACCAAGUAGAAACCAUGAAGAAACAUUUUAAAUAUUUCUAUUAAAAUUAAAAUCAUGGCCUCAUCAGCAAAUCUGGAUGUGGGAGCCCAACUGAUUGUGGAAGAAUGCAGCAACAGCUAUAGUCUAUCCGACAUGAAAGACAUUAAAGUGGAGCACCCAUUGGACCAAAAUCCUGAAGAAGGCCCAGCUCAGAGUGGAGCAAUGGGGAUGAAAUUCAUUUUACCAAAUAGAUUUGAUAUGAACGUGUGCUCUAGAUUUGUAAAGUCCUUAAAUGAAGAGGAUAGUAAAAAUAUUCAGGAUCAAGUUAACUCCGACCUCGAGGUGGCAUCUGUCCUAUUUAAAGCUGAAUGCAAUAUCCAUACAUCCCCUUCUCCUGGGAUUCAAGUAAGGCAUGUCUACACUCCUUCAACAACUAAACAUUUUUCACCCAUAAAACAGUCAACUACUUUAACAAACAAACACAGAGGAAAUGAGGUAUCGACAACACCUCUGCUGGUGAAUUCCUUAUCUGUUCACCAGUUGGCUGCUCAGGGAGAAAUGCUCUAUUUGGCCACUCGUAUUGAACAAGAAAAUGUAAUCAACCAUACAGAUGAAGAAGGAUUUACUCCUCUAAUGUGGGCCGCUGCUCAUGGACAAAUAGCAGUGGUAGAGUUUCUGCUUCAGAAUGGUGCAGAUCCACAGAUUUUGGGGAAAGGACGAGAAAGCGCCUUGUCAUUGGCCUGUAGUAAAGGAUACACAGACAUUGUCAAAAUGCUGCUAGAUUGUGGAGUAGAUGUUAAUGAAUAUGAUUGGAAUGGAGGAACACCUUUACUUUAUGCUGUGCAUGGAAAUCAUGUGAAAUGUGUAAAAAUUCUACUAGAAAAUGGAGCAGACCCAACUGUUGAAACAGAUUCUGGAUAUAAUUCUAUGGAUUUAUCUGUUGCUUUGGGCUAUAGAGGUGAACUUGAUGCAACCAGCAUAAUGCCAUCCGUGGCAGGAGCAUCCAGAACACCUCACUGCACACAGGGAACCGCUCUUCAACCCAGUCUCUGAAUUGGACCUUCCUUCUUACCGCCAGCGGUGGACAUCUUUGGCAAGCACAUGGCUCCCUGUUUUAUGUCUCACACAAUGUUUGUGAUCUUUGAGUUAUAGUUACUAAAUAAUGUUAUUUCUCAUUACUCUUUCCAAAGAAUCUUGAAUGGUUGUGAUGGCUAGAUCAAAGGUACCUUGUUGGAAGAGAUUUUAAAAUGGAAUUUUGUUCUCACAAAUCAAAUGCUUUUUUUCAUAAUCAAUAGUAAGCACAGUGGGGUUAUGUAUCCUCUACAUCUUUCAAUCAAUUAUAAAAUGGUAAAAGUGUGGUCCGCAGUAGAUAUGUCUGGCAAAAGCAUGCCUGUUCUCUGUAAAUACUCUAAUUGAGUAUGCCCUCAGUGUGUGUAUAGAUCAGUCUCAUAAAGAUUUUACAUAAUAGAGAACAUAGGUAGUGUAUGGUGUUGGGCCUGGAGCCAGGAAGAUCCAAGUUCAGAUCUGACCUGUGUGGCCUCAGUUUCCUCAUCUGUAAAGUUGGGGACAGUAACAGCACCUACCUCACAGGGUUGUUGUGGGGAUCAAAUGAGAUAACAUGUAAAGUGGUUCAAAAACUUCUAGCUCUAUGUAAAUAUUACCUGUUAGUAAUUAUUGAUGUUCUCCAAAUUUCCCUUUUUUUUUUUUCUGUAUUAGUAAGGUCUGAGAUUUUUUUUCACAUGCUUUUGGUAUGUUGCCUUCAUCACUUACCUUGUGUGAAUCAGUCCUUCACCAACACCCUCACAGCCAUGUCACUCCUUACUCGGUGUCCUCUUGGUCCAAUCCACUUGUUGUCUUCAGUGCCAUCGCUGAAAUAAGCACAUCUGGGACUGUAAUGUUAGGGACCAAAUGUAGUGGUUCCCCUUCUCACAGGUCAGGACAGAAAAAAAGCAAUCUUCCCUUUUUUUUCUAUUUGUUUAUUGUAUGUCCAUUUUCAUUCUUAAAUAUCCCUGGGAAUCUUUGCUUAGGUUGAUCUCCUACAGAGAAGUUGGCUUGUGCAGUUUUUUAAAAGUGCACAGAUGGCAAUUGUUUACAGAACGAUACUCAAUUAUAACUUUAAACUGGUUUCACCCUCUGUUGUUUCUCCCUGCUUUUUGAGGUGAUAGUGCUCAUUGUCAUCCAUCGUAAGAGUUUUCAAAGGACUUUAUAGUCUUAACCUAGUUUUGCCUGUCACCACCAUUACUCUUGUCACUUAGCAAGUAAAUGUCUACAGACUAAGGUGCUUUGUUAGGUUUUUUGGUCUCCUUGAUAUGACAUUUGAUUUACAUCAAACUGUAAAAUUGUUACGAUCAACAUUGAUGUCAUUUCUGCUUUCUACUACUCAUUUUUCAUUAUCAAUUACUUGUUUAGAUGAUUCAAGAUUAAGUUGUUUCAAUUGAAUUCCAUAUCAUUUUCUCAUUAUUCGCUCUAGGUUUUUCCUAAUUUGUACUUUGCUCUAACAAGUCAGUGGUUUAACUGUACACAGACGGCCAAAUACCUUCUCAUCAAUAGCAAGUUUAAAAUGGAAUUAAUUUUAUUUUUUGUGAUGGUAUUCAGUGUUCACAAUGCCCAGUGCUUACCAGUUGUCUUUUUGAAAAAGUCUUCACAAUGUAAAAGUGUGCAGCUUCUGUGUAGUCUGAAAGUGUUAGGUCUCUCUCUUAGCUUUCCUUCCUACCUAUGUUUUCCAAUUUAUUUUGGACCAUCUUUACCUAUUCCUUCUUUGCUUUAAAGUCACUGAACAUGGCAAAAGCAACAUCUGUUAAGGCCCUGCCACAUAGGCUAGCUCCUAAAAACAAGUCAUGUAGCCUGGCCUGACUUUUCACUAAAAGGCAGGGAAGCUGUCCCUGAGACUUGAUUGUACUAGCAAGGCUUGAGCCAUUGGCAGAACUUCCCACUUGAUUAAAGCAUAAAAAGGCCAGCCCACAAGGAGCCAAUGCCCUUCAGACUUGUUGGAUAUUCCGCUGUCAUGAGAGUCAACAUACCUUUUGACUAGGUUUUUCAUAUGGAAAAGAAGUAGUCUACAUCUGCCUAAACCAGCACUGUAUCCUUGCUGAAUAUUCUCAUCACGCUGGCUAAGUAAACCUUUUGUAUGCUGUCAGCAGCUUUAUGAGUAUCUCGUUUCAUCUAGUCCCAAGCCUGAACCACUAGAAUUGCCAUUUAGGCCUGGUCCACAACAUAGGUAUUAAAUUUUUGUGUUGAUUUAAUUUGGAAGGUUUUACCAAAUUUUUUGUAGACUUCCUCUAUUUCUUCGUCUUCUGCAUUCAAUGUUAGUAUGUAAGCUACAGUUAUUUUCUUGGUGCUCUUUUUGCCAAUUCUCAUCACAAACACUGCAAUACUAGACAACCAAGUGUCCAGUGAAGUAAUGUUUCUUCUUGUCCUUGGGUAUACAAGUAAACCAACUAUGACAGCUC